AUGGUCGCCUUUGCCAGCUCUUGCAGGUUCGCUGCUGCCGUCGUUGGCAGACAUGGCCGUCGUCCUUUCAGUGUCGCCGUGGCCAACCGUGCUGCCCAGAACUUCGCCAUGCCCGCCUUGUCGCCCACCAUGACCGAGGGCAACAUUACAAGCUGGAAGCUCAAGGAAGGCGACUCCUUCUCGGCUGGAGAUGUCAUCCUGGAGAUCGAAACCGACAAGGCCCAGAUGGACGUCGAGGCCCAGGAGGACGGUAUCCUUGCAAAGAUUGUCGUUGCCGAAGGCGCAAAGGCCGUUCAGGUCGGUUCGCGCAUUGCCGUUUUGGCUGAGGAGGGCGACGACCUGGCCUCCCUCGAGAUCCCCGCCGAGGAGUCGUCCUCAUCUGCUGGACAGCCUGCUCGCAAGGAUCGCCCUAGCCCGCAAGAGGAGCUCAAGUCUGGCAUCGACACGACCGAAUCCUCGCCCAGUGCCGCUGAGGCCCCACCAUCAUCCAAGCCCAACGCCGAUGCCUCUGCUGGAGGCGCCGCAGACACAACCAGAGCCACUCAACUACACGGCUCUUCCGAUGCCAAGGCCAGAAAGCAAACAUACCCCCUCUAUCCUUCGGUCCAGCACCUCCUCCUCCAAAACGGCCUGACCAAGGAAGACGCCAACAAGAUCCCCGCAAGCGGUCCCGCUGGCCGUCUCCUUAAGGGUGACGUUCUGGCUUACCUGGGCAAGAUUGAGAAGAACUACCCUGGCCAGCAGGCCAAGCGCAUGGACAAACUGGCACACCUCGACCUCUCCAACAUCCAGCUCGCUGCUCCUCCCAAGAAGGCUGAGACCAAGCCCAUCGAGGCCGAGAAGCCCGCUCCUAUUCCUGACACUGAAAUCGCCCUUCCCAUCUCCCUCUCUGCCGUUCUCCAAACCCAACAGCGCGUCCACGAGACUCUCGGAAUCAACCUCCCUCUCUCUACCUUCAUUGCUCGUGCUUCCGAGCUCGCCAACGAGAACCUUCCUCUUUCCAAGAACAGAAAGCCCACGGCUGACGAGCUUUUCAACUCUGUCCUCGGUCUUGACAAGAUUUCGUCCAAGACUUCUCGCGGCCACUACGUUCCUCAGAUCACUGGUCUUCCUGUUGCACCUGUACUCACCAGCCAGCGUGCUGCCAAGAAGGCCGAUAUCUUCGACAUCCUUGUUGGAAAGCCCUCAGCUCCCAAGAAGGCACCCAAGACUCUAGCCGCACAGAGCGCUGCGGCAGCUCAGAACGUGUUCAGUGUCUCAGCACCCAAGGGCGACGAGAAGAGAGCACAAGAGUACCUCGAGCGUAUGAAGCAGGUCCUCGAGGCAGAGCCCGGGCGUCUUGUUCUCUAA